CAGCAGUCCGUUGCAGACCUGUUCCGCACGCCUAGGCUGAUGGACUUGGCUCGACUCAAGAACGGUCAAGCUCAGGUCCAGGCGGAGGAGGUAGCUGCCUUCUCUCUGCUGGGCGCGGACGCGGACGCUGUGCGUGUCCGUGAGGAAGUCGCAGCUAGCUGCGGCAUGGACACGAACUUCGUAGAGGACGCCUACCCGUGCUCGCCGAUGCAGGAGGAGCUGAUGUCGCUGACAGCAAAGCGAGCAGGUGACUACAUCAUGCAGAGCGUGCUGGAACUUCGAGACGACAUCAACAAAGGCGCCUUCCAGACUGCGUGGGAGCAAGUUGUCCAGUCUACAGCAGUUUUACGUACGCGGAUCGUGCAACACGGCGAGCUUGGCUUGCUGCAGGCCGUGAUGGUAGAAGAAAUGAAUUGGACAGAAGCUGAGAGCCUCGAAACGCAUCUUGAGACGGAAAAAGCAGCCUCGAUGGGGCUUGGCGAGCCGCUUUCACGAUAUGCUUUGGUUGAUGAUAAAGAUACAGGUAAGAGGUGGUUUGUGUGGACAGUCCACCACGCGUUGUACGACAGCUGGUCGCUGCCUCGCAUCGUCGACGCAGUCGCGAAGGCCUACAGCGGCGGCGGGGUCGAGCAGCAGCCAGGCUUCAACGCCUUCAUCAAGCACCUCAGCCGGCAGGACCAGGCUGCGGCUGCAGCGUACUGGCAAGCGACUCUGGCAGACUGCGAGGCGACCCUGUUCCCUCCGCUACCGCCAGCAGUGCAGCAGCCGGUUGCAGACACGACAAUAGAGUACCAGUGCCCUGCACUCCCUGAAGCGCCGCUUGACGCGACGAUGUCAACACUUGUUCGCGCUGCAUGGGCCAUCGUUGCCAGCUGCUACACUAACUCAGACGAUGUAGUGUUUGGCGCCACGGUCACAGGACGCAACGCACCGGUUGCUGGCAUCGAGGGGAUGUUGGGGCCGACCAUCGCUACUGUGCCAGUGCGAGUGCGCCUGCGGGGCGAACAGACAGUGUUUGGCUUUCUAGAAAGCUUGCAGCAACAAGCGAUAGAUAUGAUGGUGCAUGAGCAGACAGGCUUGCAGCGGAUCGCCAAGAUGGGAACGAGCGCUCAACAUGCUUGUAACUUCCGAACGCUGCUGGUGGAGCAGCCUGCAGGCAAAGCACUCGAAGGCAACAAUGCGCUAGGAGAGUGGCGCAGUCAUAACGAGCAACGAGGCUUUACAACUUAUGCACUGACGCUGCAGUGCGUGCUGGCUGCAGAGGGUGUGCACAUCACGGCCAGCUUUGAUCCGCGGGUUGUCGAGAACUGGGUGGUCGAGAAGACGCUCAGCCAGCUCAACUCUGUCUUGCAGCAGCUGGCUGCAGCAGACGCAGACAUGAAG